GUCAAUCGACCUCACGCCGUGGCCCUCCCGGCUCACCCAGCAUACUUCGGUUUAUUGACGGCUGUCCCGUCCCCACGGUGAAGCAGAGGCGGGCAAAGAAAAACGCCAGCCAGCCAAAGGGUUGACCGGCGAGGCGGGUGCGGGGUUCGCGUCUGCGGCCCCUCGUUAUUGAGAGAAGAGUGGAGUAAGAAGAAUGGGCCUCUGACAAUGCUAGGACUAUCAUGGGUAGCAUCAGGUUCCACUAUUUCUGUUAUGGAUGCCUUUUUUCUUCGUUGCUUUGGACAUUUCUCCUGUUCAUCUAUUUCAAUCUAAAUUGGGAAAAAUAUACUUUCAGUAAUGUGCCCUUCCAGGGGAAUCCAGGAGUAGCACAGAAAUUUCAGCCUCCAGUCAUACAAAGUCAUAAAUGGCUUCCUGAAUUUCAGCAACAUGGUACUCCGUUUAUAAAACCCAUUAAUAAAGAAUUGAAAGAAAUUGAGCUGUCUCCUGAGUUGGGAAGGAUUUUCAAUGAAGCUGAUCAGGAGAUUCGGGAUAUGGGAUACCAGAAACAUGCUUUUAAUGUGCUCAUCAGUAAUCGUUUAGGUUAUCAUCGGGAUAUUCCUGAUACCAGAGAUCCAAAAUGUAAAGAGAAAAGCUACCCUGCCGAUUUGCCAUCUGCUAGUGUUAUUAUAUGCUUUUAUAAUGAAGCAAUAUCAGCACUGCUUCGGACAGUUCACAGCAUCCUGGAUCGCACGCCUGCACACUUAUUACAUGAAAUUAUCCUGGUGGAUGACAGGAGUGAUUUCAUUGAAUUAAAAGAUGAGCUUGAGAAGUACAUUGACAACAACCAACUUAAAAAAGUGAAACUAAUAAGGAAUGUAAUGCGAGAAGGACUAAUACGUGGCAGAAUGGUUGGAUCAUCUCAUGCAACAGGUGAUGUACUGGUGUUCCUCGAUAGUCAUUGUGAAGUAAACGAGAUGUGGCUGCAGCCUCUCCUAACUCUAAUUAAGGAAGAUCACCACUCUGUAGUCUGCCCACUGAUUGAUAUCAUCAAUGCUGACACACUAAUCUACAGUUCUUCUCCAAUCGUGAGAGGAGGGUUUAACUGGGGUCUGCACUUCAAGUGGGAUCCUGUGCCUGUCUCACUGCUGAAUGGACCAGAAGGAGCAACUGAACCAUUCAAAUCACCUACAAUGGCUGGAGGAUUGUUUGCCAUUAAUCGGGAUUACUUCAAUAAACUGGGACAGUAUGACAGUGGCAUGGAUAUAUGGGGAGGAGAAAACCUGGAAAUCUCCUUUAGGAUUUGGAUGUGUGGUGGGCAGCUGAAAAUAGUCCCGUGUUCUCGUGUUGGACAUAUAUUCCGCAAAUGGCGACCAUAUGGCUCACCAGGAGGAGUGGAUACCAUGGCAUAUAAUUCUCUGCGUCUUUCUCACGUCUGGAUGGAUGAAUAUAAGGAACAAUACUUAUCCUUAAGACCUGAUUUGCGGAAACAAAAUUAUGGUGACAUUAGCGAGCGUUUGGAACUGAGAAAGAAACUGAACUGCACAUCUUUCAAGUGGUACCUGGACAAUGUAUAUCCAGAGAUGAAAAUUAGCGGACUUAAUGGAAAAGCUAGAAUGCAACAGCCACUAUUUAUGAACAAAAAUCCUAAACGGUCUAAAAUACUACAGCGGGGAAGGCUGUACAAUUUACAAACAAGCAAAUGCCUGGUUGCCCAAAAAUAUCCUGAUCAAAAAGGAGGGAUAGUGGUUGUUAAAGAAUGUGAUUGGACGGAUUCAAAUCAGGUUUGGGUAUACAAUGAAGAACAUGACCUUAUUCUGGCCAACCUGCUUUGUUUGGAUAUGUCUGAGACCCAUUCGUCAGACUCUCCUCGUCUUAUGAAAUGCCAUGGUAGUGGAGGGUCACAACAUUGGACUCUGGGGGCAAAUAAUUCUUUGUAUCAGAUAUCAGCUGGACAAUGCCUGAAGGUGAUCGAUCCAGAUAAUCCCAAAGGAUAUGUUGCUAUGGCAAUUUGUGAUGGUUCCAGAUCUCAGCAGUGGAAACUAGACAACUGAUGUGAGCAACAUUUCACACAGGGAGCAAUUUAAACAACUGAUUCCCAAGAUGCAUUGAUAUAGAAAGGAUAACAAUUAAUGUUUGACUAGAACUCCUGGAUAUUGGUAGACUGUCUACUUCCAACUCAGUGAAUUGUUAUUUUAUCAAAGUGUCAUGUCAGUUUUCUCCACUAGGGUUUUUUAAACAAAUAGUGAGAUAGAAAAUAUUAAUUUUGUGAAAUAUUUAAUCAGUUAUUUAUGUUUUUAAUUGUCUAAAGGGUCUAAUUUGCGCAGCUGGCAUGGUAAUAUAAUAGUUCAAAGUAAAUUUCCCCCAGGGAUUUGGAUUGUAUCUGCAUUGUCUGGUGUGGUUAGACCAGGUGCUAGACUUGAUGCACUUGGUUUCUUUCCUCUGGGGCUAGAGGUGAGGAAAUAGCUAGAGGUGAGGAAAUAGCUAGAGGUGAGGAAAUAGCCAAGAUGCCUGCUUCACUCACUCCUAACCAGUGUCUAUGUGCUUGUGGAGGUUGCCCAAUAACAGGGUUGGAUUUGACAACUGAAGUAGUCUGCUAGACCCCAUCAUCUGAAAGAAUGCCUGCCUUUUGAGAAGUAUCACUGAGUGGCUGCAGCCGUACAACUGUACCAAAACGCACUUUUUUCUUUCCAGUUUUAAACUUGGCAAAAUAAAGUAAGUUUAAAGAAAUCACUAAUUAAAACAGUUAGAAAACCAUUUUUUAAAUUGCCUCUUCAGUUCUGAUUUUCAUUAUUUGAUCUAGUAAUAGUAUUACUUGGUAGAACAGACCAUAUGAAGAAGGGAGCAAUACUAUUUUGGGUUGAGUGUACAACCUUGAAUAUUUUAAAUGAUUUUGUGAAUAACCGAUUAAAAACUUCCAAUUUGAGAACCGACUAUCUUAAUGCUGAAUUGAUGUACAUCAAAGUUUUGGGGAGACAGUAGUAAUAUCAAUGGACUGGUAAUCAAGAGCCCUGGGUUAAUGUUCUGGGGCCAUGGGUUUGAAUCUCACCAUUGCUGAUUGUCUUAAACUCACCUGGUUUACUAAUGUAAGAACAUCCUAGAUUCCACUGGCCUAAUAGUGACCAUGGAACUAGUAUUGAUUGUGGGGGGGGGGGGGGGGAGCGGAACCCCAUCUAGUUCACGUUUGCAAAGGAAGGAAAUCUUUCUUCCUUACCUGGACUGGCCCACAUGUGACUUCAGGCCCCACGGUCUUAGAGAUGUCUGAACUGCCCACUGAAAUGGUCCGAUUAGCUACUCAGAUCGAGGCCCAAUGAGGGAAGGGCAGUAAAUGCUGGCUCAAUCAGUGAUGUGCACAUCCUCAUGAAUUAAAAAGCAUUUCUACUAGAUAGUAGUAAAUAUAGCUUGGUCACAAUUACAUUGUUUAAAAGUUAGAGUCAACUUUGAGUAUGAGAGUUAUACUGUUGGCUUAACCUGCUCUUCAAAAUGAGGGGAGAAACAGACACAUUCAGAUGAUGUUUCUCAUGUUACUGUUUGUCAAUUGUUCAUAAUUCAGCAAGAAGUUUUCUUCUGUUUCAUUUAACUCAGACUUUGUAACUGCAGGAGGAUUUCCUCUCCUCACUGUGCAAUAAUGACAAAAACAGUGUUUCCUCAGGAAACCUUUUCUAACCAAAGUUAUAGAAAACUGAAGAAAUCUUGCUGUUGAAAUGUCACAAAAUUAAUGAUCAGAUAUCCCUUUGAGAUGGUCCAACAGACUUUGUAACCAUUUCAUUUACAAGCUUUUCUUAAUUUUUCUGUUCCAGUGAUGUGCUAGCCACAGGGAUAUAGCAGUAUAACGAUUGUAACUGGACUAGUAAUCCAGAGGCCAGUAGUUCAAAGAACACAAGUUAAAAGGAGCCAAGAAGUUGAAACUUUGUCUUGCAUUUAUCAGAACUAGGACAGAAGAAAGAGACGUAAACAAAGGGACACCAUUUUAUACAGAAUAAGAGGAUGCUGACAGACCGAGCUGUCAUUGACAUGGAGACUCACCAAGAACAUUUAACUGUCCCAUCUUCAGUCUCAAGUCAGGCAAGUAAACUGAUCUGGUCAGUGUUGCCAUGGGGUCACAACAGCAACUGCAUAUCUUUCCAAACCAAUGUCGGAGAUUCCUUUUGCAUACACAAAUAGGAUAUAUAGCUUCAAUCACACUGUGAGCCUGACUGAUCAGAAUCACGCUAACCAGCCAAUGUGUGCAAGCCUCAGAAAAGAACAUCCACCAUUAAGAUGUCAUCCUGUUAUUGGAAAUCACAUCAAUGAAUACGGUCUCUGCUAAAGGUUACACCGGAAUCCAGUUUAAGAUCAGCUGGGCCUGCAGUGUGAUGAGUUUAUGCCUGCUAGAAGCUAUAUCUGUAAGUGCACAGAUAUUUAAGCAAAGGAGAUUGUUACAUGUAUGUAACAUUUAUUUUCCAAAACCGGAAGUCCUGGAGACAGCCAAUUUCUGUUGCAACCCAUGGCAACAUCCUGACUAAUCAGAGUUUACCUGCCUGGCCUGAGAAUUAAGAUUAACAGUUCACUGCUACAUCUCCUUGUUAAUGAUGGCCCAAUUAAACAGCACUCUCUUCAUAGGUGCUGUAUAAAGUAGUGUUCCUUUAAGUUUUUUUCUGAUCAGUGUAGGAUGAACAGCUUCAACUUUUUUCCUUUUUAGUAGUGGUUAAGAACACUGGCUCAUUCCAGAAAUUUGAAAACUUUAACCUAAUUGUUUGAAAGAUUCUGGAAAUCAAAAAUGUGACCAUGAACCUGUUGAAUCCAUGUUAUUUAAAAUAAAGUAGUUUGUAAUUUUUCUUAUGAAAGGAAACUCCAGUUCCAACUGUGCUCCAAAGCAGCCUGCCAGUUGACCAUUAUUAAAUGGGUCUUAAUGUCUAUUUUGACUUUUCUUAACAAAAAAAACGUUAAAUUUUUCUUCCAACUUUAUUCCAACCGAAGUUAGUAAGUUUUGAAACGGAGUUGCAAUUUCUGACCAAAUUCCUUUGCUGAGACUAGCAUUUGAUGUAAAUGUCUAAAUAUCUUUUUUUUAAUGCAAGUGGACUGGAGAAUCUCAAAUUGGAUUUAAAAAUAUCAACCUAUUUACUACUUGAAUAUUUAUGUAAAAUCUGUAGAGAUUGAGAGUGCGUAAUUAUCCUAUAGUAGUUGCUACCUGGGUUUUUUUAAAGCAUAAGUUUUGAAAUGGAUAAUGGUGAUUGGUAUAGAACAGAUUAACGUCACUAAUAUUGAAUAUAGAUUCAACCAGUAUAUUGUUCUACACUAUGUACACUUCAGUCCAUGAAUGUGAGCUCUUAAGUAGAAAACCCAGGUUGUUAAUCAUACAUUUGGGAAUUUGGAAAAAUAAAUCCAUUGUAUUCUGAAGCAACUUCUGCCACUCAAGCUUUGCUUGCUUCGACAAAGGUUUAGCAAAGUUUUAUAAACAAAUUUACUGACAUUCUUCCUCUUUUAAGAUACAUUCCCAGUGGAUUGACAGGAACUUCAUGUAGAGAUCAUAGACUGUAAUGAGAAAUAAUGUUUUGUACACAUUCAUGAUCUGAAGUACCACUCCACACAGUGUGGAAUACUUACAUUUUUCAAAAUUUUUUUUUCAUUUGAAACCCAAUUAAAUUUUAAUUUAAUAAAUUAUCACUAACUGGAAAAUUUGAUAAUUACAUGUUUUGGUUGCAACUAGAUGAUUUUACUUGUCUUUCUGAAUUGAGGAAUUAGUUCAGGCCCAGUUCAAAAAAAGCUUGGAUCACUUCUGUUUACAUAAAUGAGUCGGCUGUGACAUUGAUUCAUAUUUUGCAUCAGCGAACGAGUAAUUCAUCUUAAGCCCAAGCAGCAAACCAUUGUAAAUGAGAUAUUCAUGUUAAUUAUAGCUUUAAUCGUUAAAGAAAAUUCUCUAUAUUGAACGGAUAACCAUUUUAUUUUAUUGAACGAUCAAGC